AUGGUAGUCAAAAUGGCGGCUGGACUACCUCGGUCGGGGCUAUUCGAGGUGUAUAUUCGACAGCAGUGGUGUAAGGUAUUCGUGACGUUAAACGAGGAUUCUUUAACGCUAGCGUUAGAUGAAAAUCCAGAAAACCAAUCUAGUGUCACUAAUAACACGGAUACAGCUCGCACAAACGGAAGUACGACAAACCAAGAGAAACUACCAGAGAGCAUCACCGGCCAAAAGCGUCUCGUCCGAGUUGUGAAAGAGGAACAAAAUGGAUUGGGGAUCAGUAUCAAGGGUGGUAAGGAAAACAAAAUGCCUAUCCUCAUCAGUAAAAUAUUUAAAGGUAUGGCAGCGGACAAAACUGAGAAACUCUACGUCGGGGAUGCUAUUAUGUCUGUCAACGGUGAAGAUCUAAGGGAGGCAACUCAUGAUGAUGCUGUCAAAGCUCUCAAGAAGGCUAAGAAGGUCGUCGAAAUUGAAGUGAAGUAUAUACGUGAGGUGAGCCCUUACAUUCGAAAGUCCUCUGCUCUCAAUGAACUGGGCUGGGGGAGUCAAGAGGCACAGCGAGAUGCAGCAAAAGCGAACUGGACCGAGUCAAAGGCUAUUCCUCUCCGGCUUUGUUACCUCUGUCGCAAUCUCAGCAUGUCAGACCCGGAAAAACGCACAUUGGAGUUACAUUCUCCUGAUGGAAAGAGCUCGUGUAUUUUACGAUUUCCAGACCUGGCCACUGCCAGUGAUUGGUUCAGUGCUAUCCACUCCAAUGUGAACUUGCUAAUGUCCCAGUGUAUUGUGGAAGCCAACCAUGUGAUGAGUUCAGCCCCCAACUCUCGGGAAGUGCGGCACAUAGGUUGGCUCUCUGAACAGCUGCUGAACGAGCAGGGGAACCCCACCUGGAAACCUGUGUUUAUAGCCCUGACAGAUAAGGAUGCACUGCUGUACGAUACUGCUCCCUGGAGUAAAGAAGAAUGGGCCACACCCUUCCAGAGUCAUCCCUUAUUAGCAACUAGACUUGUCCACUCAAACAACCAUGCUACACCUCAAACAGGAAGUGAAAUAAUGACUUUCGGAACAAGGACAGGGACACGGAAUGGGGUGGAAAUUCAUGUGUUUCGAGUGGAGACUCAACGAGACCUUGCCUACUGGUCAAGAGCUUUUGUACAGGGGUCCCAUGGAGCCGCAGCCCUCAUCAAAGAGGUCACAUGUGCCGUGGGAUGGCAAGGUCAGGAGUGCAAACUCACACUCCACUACGACCAGGGAUUUGCACUUACGAGUGCCAAACCUCGAGACAGCUCCGAAAAAGUAAACGUUUUGUGGUCCUACCCAUAUGACAAGUUGAGGAUGUCGGCUGACGACGGACAGAGGCUCAUGUGGCUAGACUUUGGGGAGGAGGGAGAGCAGGAACUCGACCUGAGAACUUGUCCAAAGCCGAUGGUGUUCGUUCUCCACACUUUUCUGUCUUCCAAGGUCAACAGACUGGGCCUUGUGGCAUGACCUCUGAUCCCUAAUCCCAGUCAUCAAGUCAACAGUGUUGCCAUGGAAAUGUGUUAUUUGAGUAAAUUUGACUUUGUCGCAAUGAAUAUCAUUUGAAUUAGCAAAGUAACCUUUACCAUGGUAACACCAAACAAGAAUUGGUGGGUAGACAAGGAAAUAGCUGUGAUGUCACGAUAACAUCGAAAAACACUUAGGAUAACUCAAGUGCUUUGAUUGGCAGGAACUGCGUGAUCGUUCUACGAUGUCACUUCCUGCGUUUUCGGAAACAACAGAGUGUUGGCAUGGCAAUACUAAAAGAUCAUAAACUACAAAUCACAGAGUGCAUUACAUAGUUUUACAUAUUAUAUGGAUUUGUUUUAAAUUGGAUAAAAAAGGAACUUGGGUAAUACCAGUGUCGACUGGUAUUUUCAUGGGUCAUUGGUAUAAGGGAGAGUAUAUGAGUGUUUCAUUGUGUAACAUGAGAGUGUCUGUUUAUAAUAAUUGAAGAUGUUGUCUGCUAACUUUACUGUCGUACAUCUAUUGCUAACACUGUGUUGUACAGGAACACUGCUACGUUGCCACAUUAGGUUGAUAUGGAUAGGAGGUUGCUAUACCUGUGAUAUGUACAGACCCUCCGUAUGUAAUUGACCCCUUCGCACUAAUACCCCUCCCAUUGUGUGUAUGUAUAUACCAUUGUACCACCUGUAGCAUUAGCCCAGUGUGGUCUAGAAUUUUGUGGUGUAUUUAGUCAAUUCCUGACAAAUCCUCGAAAUUAGCAUCACAGUUUUUGGUCCCAUUUACCCAGCAUAUUAAAUUAUAAACUUCUAGGCCAGUUAACACAAGUUUAUUAAUUUAUUUUUGUUUGAAUGGGUGUCAAUGCUCUACAAAAUACUCCUCAGGUUUUACUUAGUAAAUUCAUAAUUAUUGAAACAAGCUUUAAUUAAAUGUCCUGAUUAUUGAAACAAGCUGAAAUGCUGUCUUUGUAAAAUUUCCUGCAGAAUUUCUAUACAGACAGCCAUUCUCCAUCAGCAUUGUUAAGAAAUUAUUUCAAUAUUGUCUACAUAUAAAAUGUCUUUAUACAGAGCUGCUACUAGAACGGGUAUUUGUUAUGGCACUAUUUCAUUAAAAAAAUGAAUAUAUCUGAAACAUUCUUGAAUUGAUGUAGUUUUAACAUAUGCCUGUUUUUAGACCUUUUAUAAAAAGUCCACAUGUGUACAGUUUAACCACAUGUGUACAGUUUAACCACAUGUGUACAGUUAAACCACAUAUGUACAGUUUAUCCACAUGUGUACAGUUUAACCACAUGUGUUUAACCACAUGUGUACAGUUUAACCACAUGUGUCCAGUUUAACCACAUGUGUACAGUUUAAUCACAUGUGUUUAACCACAUGUGUACAGUUUGACCACAUGUGUCCAGUUUAACCACAUGUGUCCAGUUUAACCAAACUUAAGUCUUCAUUCUGUUGUUCUUUCCCACUGUACUGGGCAUCAAUGCCUUUGUUAAUUGAUCUUAGUUCGACUCAAGCUUUUUAUAAAUUCAGCUUUAUAUGUAGCUAUGAUAGACUUUUUUUGAUAGUUGUGAAAAAGUGCAGUGAACCUAUAGCCUGGGGUUAAGUCUUGAGGAAAGUUGCCCAACCAAAAAUGUUCAAAUCGGAUUAAUUAAUGGGAAUUUAAAUAUGAGAUAUACAGUUGUAACUUAUAUCAUUAUUUAAAGCUGUGGACACAUUCACUGAUAUCCUCCUAACUCCAUGGGGUUUCUUGUACGUCUAUCUGUUACAUGUGUAUUUAUAGAUGUAUUACAACUUACUACUACUUAAACUACAUUACAUCUUCUUGCUCUCAUGAAUUGUAUAUUACAAAGCAAUACCGGAAUUUGUUCAGGGAUUUUAUGUCGUAUUUUGUUUAAGAUAUUUUGUAUUAUGUCAUAGUAUGUUUAUAGUGUGAAAUGAUUUGUAUUUUACAAUUGAAUGAUUUAUGGUAGUACAUUGUGAAUGGUUUUGUUCAAUUUAGCCUCCCGGCCUAUAUAAUAUCUCCGUGCUGUAAAAGCUAGUAAUAUCGAUGCAAAUAAUCCACAAAAGUUGGUUUUACGGAGGCAACUAUUUCCUGGACUGGACAUGACGUAUACCACUGUAUAUUUCCUGGACUGGACAUGACGUAUACCACUUUAUAUUUCCUUUUUAAUUAACUCAAUAAUUUGAGAAAAAAUGUAAUCCUGCAAUUUAUAAUCUGGAUUGGUGAUGCUUUAAUGUAUAUCAAUCCUGUCAGUUUAUACGUAUCUUACAUUUACUGAUGUUGGUUUACAAGAUUUUAGAAUAUAUUAUCUUUUAUUUUUUUUUAUAAUUCCGUGAUGAUGCUACAAUGCAAGAACAUUCUAAACCUGGUGUUUUCAUAGUUCUUGUUUUUUUUCAAAAUACAAAUGACGAGAGUUUCUAUAAAGCUUUGUAAACUAUCCAGUUUUGAAAAUCUUAAUAAAGAAAUUUUAGCUUAUUGAUCAUUGAUUGAUCCAGGAUUUAAUCAAGAGCAAAAUAUUGAUCUGAGACAUGUGUUGAUAUAGUUGCUCUAGGUUGUUGCAAUAUGAAAUCAUGGAUUAAAAAAUGUGAACAUGCUACAAUUGUAAAAUAAAAUACAAUACAUGCUAGUGUACAUGGACUACUUACACUUUUCUUGCCAAAUGUGUUUUGAUAUUCUUUAUAAAGGUAUUAUAGAACCUGUUCAGAGGUAAACAAUUGUUCUGUUUUGCACAAUAUCUAAAAUAAAAGUGUUUGAUUUAAGAUACAUGUGUAUUGACUAAAUUGAAAUAAGUUGAAUGGGAGCUUUUAUAGCUUUACAUAGAGAAUAGAGAGAAAAGAGGAGAAAAUAGAACUAAAUCGGUAUUUGUGGUUCUCAAGGUAAAUGUCAUGAUGAUAAUAUGUAAUGCUACAAAAUCUGUCCAUUGUCAACUUUUCAUAUUUUCAACUUCUUCUUCAGAACAAAUAAGUCUAAGGUCAUGACAUAGGCAUGUAACUUGCUGGUAUACGUAUGAAGUGCUAUCAACAUUCUUUAGUAGACCAAAGAUCCACUUCAAGAUCACAGGUACCAAACCUGUAACAACUUCCUCUAUUAAAAGAGCAAUAAGCCAUACAGUGCUGUCAGGUUUGUUCAUAUAAAUGUCAUGACUUGUUAAGUCACCUUGAUCAAAAGAUUAAAACAAAUAUAUACUUUUCUGAAAAACUAUUAUGAUAUCUAGCCUUUUACUUGUGUAUGCUGUAUAAUAGGAAUAGGUGUAUACAACACAUUUGUAGUAAUUAUCUUCGUCAUACAAGCUACUCAUUGUUAAUUUGAAAUUUACGGAUACAAACCUAAAUUGUAUCAAGUGAGCUACCAAGGUCAUAGUACUCUAGUUAACUUUUAAACACUAUCUAUGUUAUGCCAGGAAAAGGUACAUAAAAUAAUAAACUGUUAUAGAGGAACCUGGUGUAUUACCAUAUAGAAAACACUGAUAGUCAUAAAAUAAUAAACUGUUAUAGAGGAACCUGGUGUAAUACAAUAUAGAAAACACUGAUAGUCAUAAAAUAAUAAACUGUUAUAGAGGAACCUGGUGUAAUACAAUAUAGAAAACACUGAUAGUCAUAAAAUAAUAAACUGUUAUAGAGGAACCUGGUGUAAUACAAUAUAGAAAACACUGAUAGUCAUAAAAUAAUAAACUGUUAUAGAGGAACCUGGUGUAAUACAAUAUAGAAAACACUGAUAGUCAUAAAAUAAUAAACUGUUAUAGAGGAACCUGGUGUAAUACAAUAUAGAAAACACUGAUAGUCAUAAAAUAAUAAACUGUUAUAGAGGAACCUGGUGUAAUACAAUAUAGAAAACACUGAUAGUCAUAAAUAAAGUUAAUCACUUAUACAUCAGUAAGCAAUCCAAAUUCAUUUACAUGGCACAUUUUUAAUGCAGUGCUUUUUAAAAAAUCAAUAUGUCCUUACAAUUUCUCAAUUAGAGGUUCUGCAUACUCUUUAUCGGUCAUAUAUACAUUUUUGUUAAGUGUAAUAUUGGUAAACAACAUGGAUUUGUGUGCUGUCAUUUGAUUUUCAUUCAAAUAAGUCCCGAAUGCAAAUUGUUAUAUCUCAAUUUACUCUAAACAUCAUAAGUCAGGUCUUUAAAACAUGACCAUUUUCUUAAAUCUUUUUCAAAUAAUUUUCAGUUUAACUCGGUAUCCAGAUAACUUGAGUGUACAUACUGUACAUAUGAUCACUGGUAAAAGUUUCCUUACUCAAGUUGAUCUAUUACCUGCCAUUUUGCAGGUUUUUAGUUUCGCACCAUAUUUAAGUUACUGUCAAAGCAUUAUUUCUAUUCUAGCAGAAGGAAUUUUAAUGCUGUGUAGAAUAGAUACCUUUAGAUAUAUUUGUACAUUGUACGGUUUUGUUUGUUUGUCAUUUGUGAAAAAAUAAUCAUUAUUCUAUUCUUUAUUGUUGUGAUAGUAUGCACAUUUUCCUUUAUCAUGAUUUAUGCAAAAUAAGACACAAGAGAAGGAUGUUCUGGUAGUCUUAUCUAUAAAUUGAACUCACUCUCAUAUCAUUUACAUGAUGGAAUUACUCCAGAAUAUCAAAGAAUCCUAUACUUGUAGAUACACGAUACGUUGUUAUAUAUAUAUUGUAAAGUACAUGGUGUCAUCUGCUUUAUCCUGCUUGUUGGUUUUAUGAAGCAAUGCUGUAAAUAUUCUAUGUUGAUCAAGUAUGCUGUGCCUUUUUGUGUACAAAUCAUAAGAAUGUGUUCAUGUCAUGCACUUCUUCCACAGGUUGUCUCCCUUCAAAGCUAUUUAUCUCCCUUAGUUGAAAAUCUCAAAAACUUUGUUGUUCAAGUCACCAUAUGCUACACAAUUAGAAUAUUUCGUUGUGAUGGAAGGUUUACUUAGGAACCAAAUAUGUUUUGGCUCACAAAAAACCAAAGUAGAAGCUACUGUGUGCAAGUUCAUUGCCAAUUUAGAUUGGAUACUCCCAAUUUCAGACACAGUCUCCCAAUCAUAUUGCUUCUGUUUCUGUUUUGAAUGUGGGAAAGUAUAUAUAUGGAAGAUUUUUUUUACAUCAGAGUUGUAACUUAAAUGGCAUCAAAUGUUCUUUUCCUAUUUCAUUUUGGCUAACACUGUAUUUGCAAUCAGUCAGUGGUGUACAACAAAACACAGGUUACUGUAGUGUUUUUCAGUUAAUAGUUGGUUACUGCAGGCAUUUUUCUGUUAUAUUUCAAAAGUCUUCAUCUUUCAAGAUUGAUUUAUGAUCAUCUGAAAGUCAACAAUUAUUAUCAGAUAACCUUUUCAUAUGAGCCCUGAUAAUAAAUUAUUGAGAGGAAUAAUAUUAAGUUAGUCAAGUUAUUUUUAUGAAUGCAUAUGUAUACCUGUUGAUUCAUAAACCAUUACAGCUGUUUGUCUUCAUCAUUACAGAAAUAUGCUGGUUAACCUAUAGAAGAUGAUGUGAAUAACAGAAAUUACAGGAUAACAUUUCUACUGUAACGUCUACCAAGCUGUGUUCUUGGCCAGACACCACGUUUUAUCACAAAUAAACUUUAAUUAUACCCUCAAGUCUGGUAGAAUUUCCACAUCCCUAAUACAUACCAAUGAUAAACUCCUUCAAUGUUUGUUAUAGCUUUUCAAUUACAACAUACUCUUGAAACUGACAAACUUAUUUAAACUUCAUGACCUGAUGAGAAACUUCUAUUUACCUGAUUUUAUCUGUGAUAAACCUAGGGGAGCCUUAGUCAUAAGACAAAGGAAGGAUUUUAGGUAUUUUUAUUUUAGUGAGUUAAACAGUUUUUAAAAUUAGUCUGAGCUAAAUGUAACAUUUUGGACAAGUUUUUAUAAACCUCACAUGACUAAUGUGUAUUUGAUUUUUUUACCUGACCAUUAUGAAGUUUUCGAUGACGCCAUUUUACAUGUGACACUAUAUGUGACCAUCAUCUGUGAUGUCACAAUUGAAAGGUCAUAUUACACUACAUGACAGAAAUAUUUUCACUGCAUAAGAAGUAACAUGAUAACAAAAAAGUGGCUGGUUUUAAGCCUUAAAAAUGACGUCUAUGUACAUUUCUGUAGCAUUCUAUAAUCUGUAUUAUCUAUUAUCUAAUCAGAGCAUGUCAGCUUCAUCCAAAAGAUAGAUUUAUCACAGGUAAAAAUGGUAUGCAUUUCAGGCGAUAUUUUGAAGACUGGACUGUUAAAUAGUUUUACUAGACAAAGAUAGAGAGGAAUACAACAUGACAUUAGGGGGAUAGUUUUACUAGAAAAAGAUAGAGAGGAAUACAACAUGACAUCAGGGUGAUAGUUUUACUAGACAAAGAUAGAAAGGAAUACAACAUGACAUUAGGGUGAUAGUUUUACUAGACAAAGAUAGAGAGGAAUACAACAUGACAUUAGGGGAUAGUUUUACUAGACACAGAUAGAGAGGAAUACAACAUGACAUUAGGGGGAUAGUUUUACUAGAAAAAGAUAGAGAGGAAUACAACAUGACAUCAGGGUGAUAGUUUUAUUAGACAAAGAUAGAAAGGAAUACAACAUGACAUUAGGGAGAUAGUUUUACUAGACAAAGAUAGAGAGGAAUGCAACGUGACAUUAGGGUGAUAGUUUAACUAUAC